AAUGGCGUCUAGGUUUCUGAUUCUUUGUGCGUUGCCUCUUUUCUUCGUCCUCGCCGCUUCCAUCCAAGAAAAAGUCUUUGACGUCAGAAACUACGGUGCUUACGGCGACGGCAAAAGAUACAAUGGUUUGGCGUUUACAAAGGCGUGGAACGACGCUUGCCAGUGGAGUAGCGGGAGAUCAACGGUCUAUAUUGCUCCCGGAGUAUUCUAUCUCCGUCAAGUAACGUUCACUGGUCCUUGCAAAAACGCUAUUACUUUUAUGGUCAAAGGAACUUUAUUAGCUCCUCCGAAUCCUAACUUCAUCAACCAAGAUGAAUGGAUACUUUUCCAGUACGUCGAUAGCCUCACCGUCACUGGCGGCGGGUUACUUGACGGCCAAGGGUCUUUUUCUUGGCCACUCAAUGAUUGUAACAAGAACAGUAAUUGUCGUGCACUAGCUAUGAACAUUGGGUUUGCCUUCGUUACUCACUCGAGGAUCGACGGCCUAAGAUCUAUCAACAGCAAAAUGGGACAUUUCAACCUAUACGGUGUCAAUGAUUUCAACAUUACGGGCGUUACCAUCACUGCUCCCGGAAAUAGCCCUAACACCGAUGGAAUCAAGAUCGGGAGAUCUAGCAAUAUGCAUAUCCACGACGUCACUAUUGGAACCGGUGACGAUUGUAUCGCAAUCCUUGACGGAACCACCAAUUUGGAUAUCUCUCAUGUCAGGUGCGGACCAGGGCACGGGAUUAGUGUGGGGAGCCUCGGGAGAUACAAAGAUGAGAAAAACGUGCAGGGCUUAACCGUCAGAGACUCGGUUUUCAUCGGCACAACCGACGGUUUACGCAUCAAAACAUGGGCUAAGUCGAUCUCGGAGAUCUCGGUUUCGAAUUUCUUGUACGAGAAUAUCCAAAUGAUCAAUGUUGGAAACCCUAUCAUCAUUGAUCAGCAGUAUUGUCCAAACGGACAAUGCGACAGUUCUGGAAAGUAUGCGUCCCAUGUUCAGAUAAAAAAUGUGAAGUACAACCAAAUUUGGGGAACUUCGACGAGCAAAGAGGCUUUGAAUAUGCAAUGUAGUAGAGCGUUUCCUUGUCAAGACGUUGAGCUCUCAAACAUCAACUUGAAGUACGUUGGACGCGACGGUCUAGUCACGGCUUUGUGUCAGAACGUUGGUGGUUCGAUUCGUGGCAAGAUUGUGCCGGGAAAUUGCCAGAUUUGAUCUUUUUAUUCGUCAUUCGUUAUUGGAUUUUUAUAUUUUUUUUUUCAUUUUUUUUCAGGACUGUUAGGUUUUGUUUCGAUGCAAUACUGGAAGCUACUUAAAACCUAAUUAAACAUCCAAUUAAAUUUUGGGAUGUGAAUGGUUUGCUACGGUAUAUAAACGCAUCCUUUGUAGGUAAAGAUAAAAAAGAGUUAGAUCUCGACCAACCUUUUUUUCAAUCCCUACUUAUUCGUAAAUCGUAAUAUGUACAUUCCGUUUCCGUAAUAUGUAAAUUCACCAAUUAUGUUUAAACAAUUAUUAUGAUAAUUUUUAUUUUAUUUUCA